AUGGAAGAUAUUGCCCCCGAAUACGAUGUUGUCGUGCUCGGCACUGGCUUGACGGAGUGUGUGCUUUCUGGUGUCCUCAGUGUUAAGGGAAACAAGGUCCUCCACAUCGACCGUAAUGAUCACUACGGAGGCGAGGCUGCUUCGGUGAACAUUGAGACUUUGUUCAAGAAGUACGGCAAUGUCCGCCCCGGUGAAGAGCCCUGGAAGAAGUAUGGACGGGUCAACGACUGGAACAUUGACCUGGUCCCUAAGCUGCUGAUGGCGAACGGCGAGUUGACCAAUAUUCUGGUCUCCACCGAUGUGACGAGGUACUUGGAAUUCAAGCAGGUUGCUGGCAGCUACGUCCAGCAAGGAAAGGGCCCUAAGGCUACCGUGGCCAAGGUGCCUUCGGACUCUGCCGAAGCUCUGCGCUCGUCUCUUAUGGGCAUGUUCGAGAAGCGGAGGGCUAAGAAGUUCUUGGAGUGGGUUGGUGAUUUCAAGGAGGAUGACCCCGCUUCUCACCAAGGCCUGGACAUCCACCAGUGCACCAUGAAGGAUGUCUACGACAAGUUCAGUCUGGAAGAUAACACCCGUGACUUCGUCGGACACUCCAUGGCCCUGUACCAGUCCGAUGAGUACAUCAACAAGUCGGGAAUGGCCCCCGAAACCAUCAACCGCAUCCGCUUGUACGUCAACUCCAUGGCCCGGUACGGCAAGUCGCCCUACAUCUACCCUCUCUACGGCCUGGGUGAGCUUCCUCAGGGCUUCGCCCGUCUCUCCGCCAUCUACGGAGGUACCUACAUGCUCAACACCAACAUCGACGAGGUGCUCUACGACGAGAGCGGCAAGGUUUCGGGCAUCAAGGCCACGAUGAAGGACCGGGAGGACAGCAACGCGACCAUGAAUUUCACCACCAAGACCAAGAAGAUCCUGGCCGAUCCCUCCUACUUCCCUAGCAAGGCCAAGGUUACCGGUUACCUGCUGAAGGCUAUCUGCAUUCUGAAGCACCCCAUCGACAAGACCGACGGCAGCGACUCUCUGCAGCUGAUCAUUCCUCAGUCCCAGGUUGGCCGCAAGCACGAUAUCUACAUUGCCAUGGUCUCGUCCGCCCACAACGUUUGCCCCAAGGGCUACUACAUCGCCAUCGUCUCGACCAUUGCCGAGAGCGAGGCUAACAACCACAUCGAGCUUGAGCCUGGUUUCGAGCGUCUGGGUGAGAUCGAGGAGAAGUUCUUCGGACCCCCCAUUCCCCUCUACGAGCCCCUGGAGAGCGGCGAGAAGGAGAACAUCUUCCUCUCCAAGAGCUACGAUGCCACGUCUCACUUCGAGACUACGACCGAUGAUGUGCGGGACAUCUACCGCCGGGCAACGGGUGAAGAGCUGGUCGUCGAGGGCCUUCGGGAAGACCAGCGACUUGCGCAAGAAUAG